AGCUCUCUGCCUUUAUUUAUUUUAUUUUUUCUCUCUCGCUCUCUCUCCUAAGUGAGAGGAGAGAGUCUCAAUUUACAUUUCAUUCAUUCAUCCAUCCAUACUUUUUACGUCCCAUCAUCAAGCUUUCUCUUCCUAAAACCCUCUCUUUCUCAUGAAAGACGUAAUACCAACGGAAACUCUUUUCCGUGAAAAGAUCCGAGCUUCAAAAUCUUGAUACCAUCAACGAUCAAACACCCAAAAGGAGCGAGAGAGUGAUGGUGUUUGAGUUUGAGAUAGAGGGAAACCCCAUCUACAGAAAUUGAGGUUGCGAGCAAUAUUACAGAAGAGACAAAAAAAAAAAAAAAAAAUUGGUUCUUGAUCAUGGAUUCAGCAUCAGGUGCUGGAGCAUCCGACCCGAAUAGCGGAGGAGAGGGUCCGUCGGCAACCCGGUCAGCGGCAGCAGCAGAGGGGUCAUCGCCCGCGCCACCGAGCCGCUACGAGUCGCAGAAGCGGCGAGACUGGAAUACCUUCUUACAGUACCUGAAGAACCACAAGCCGCCGUUAACUCUAGCCCGGUGCAGUGGCGCGCACGUGAUCGAGUUUUUGAAGUACUUGGACCAAUUCGGGAAGACCAAGGUGCAUAUCACGGGUUGUCCUUAUUUCGGGCACCCGAACCCUCCCGCCCCAUGUGCUUGUCCUUUAAAGCAAGCUUGGGGGAGCCUGGACGCGCUGAUCGGACGUCUGAGAGCAGCCUACGAGGAGAACGGCGGGCGGCCGGAGUCGAACCCGUUCGGAGCAAGGGCGGUGAGGAUUUACUUGAGGGAGGUGAGGGAAGGGCAGGCCAAAGCCAGAGGAAUUCCUUACGAGAAGAAGAAGCGAAAAAGGCCCAACGCCACCGCGGCAACGGUGGUGGAGAAUGUGUCUGUGGCGCCGUACACCAACUCAAGAGCGUGGCCUAAACCUUAAAGUUCCCAGCAACUGUUCAUCUGGUCCCCGGCUUCUUGAUCUGCUGCCUGCUGUGCUCAAUCUCUGUUUCUGAUGCACACGUGCGCAUCUGAUUUUACACAUUUUUGCGCUUUCUGUUUCAGGUGCAUAUGCUCCCCUCUUUUAUAUCUUCAUCUCAGAUUUGUUUUCUCAGAUAUUUGGGGCUCUUGGUAAUUUGGAUUGGGAUAACAACUACUACAAAAAGAUAUAGGCUACGAGCUGAGCAUCAAUGAAAAACAUAAACUAAUCCCUCUUGAUUGCUGCUCUUAUUUUAUUUAAGUAAUCCCCACCUCAGUAUGAAAACGACUGAUAGCCAAACCCUUGCUUCCAUUCUAUUGUAUUUCUUAUUAAAUCUGCUACUAUAUUAUAUAAUAUACAUUCAAAUUUUGUUAUGAUAACGCAGACCCACCAGACACUCCAAAACAAAACCCCAUUUCUGGAUUUCAAUUUUUGCCCUACUCAUCAUUGUUAAUAGUUUAUUGCCCUACACAUGAUGUACUAAAGCAAUUUUUAGUAUUAUGUUUUUGUUCGGUUCUUCUUUCCUACCUUUUUAUUUUUAUUUUUUAUAAUUCUUUAUAAAUAAAGUCAUCCUUUUCUAUUUCCCAGGAACUUUCCUCUCUCUUUCUGGCUUUUUCUAUGUUUCCCAUUUAUCCAUUCUUUUUACUCCUAACCAUUUUAAUUUAUCCCUUUAAAAGGUGAAAAAGAAAGAUGGUUAAAAUUCCCUUCCCUUCUUUGUCUUGCUCCUCUUCCUCCAUUCCCCUCCUCUUCAAAACUUCUUUUUCUUUUGGGAAACCAUAAAAAAAACGAAAGAAAAAAAGAACUUGCAUAGAAAAGAUACUCAGUCUUGAAUAUUGUACGAAACCAACAACAUCAAAUGUGAAACAAAAAGCUAUUAUUAAUCUCUUUUUUCUUGUUUGAUCAUCUUUGUACCCUGCAUACUACAGUAGUGCGUGGGGCAGGGAAUUCUGAGCGUAGUUAAGUGCAGAAAAGAGGUAAUGUCACAAGAGAGAUUGUACAGAGAGUGGCUUCUUCUUUAACAUCUUUGGGUUCUUUUGUCGUUACAUUAGAGAGCAUUCAUAUCAUAGUCCUCAUUUAGGCGAUGGUAGGUAAAAGAGAGAGAGAGAAAUGGUUUGGCUUGGAGUGGGGUUUUGUAAAGCACCUGCACUGAGUGGUCUUGUCUAAUUCAACUGGGGGCAGUGGUUUUAUUGACGUAUGGUUUGAAAGGAAUAUAUGCUUAAUUUAUUUUACCCCUCUCAAUUGGCUUCCAAAGAAAGAAGAACCCACAUGCCCUUGUUCGUAGGCAAAACAUGUAUACGGCCUCUACAUGUGGGACAAUGUACUCCCAUCUACCAUUUUGAACUAUAUGGACACAUUUUGAAUUAGGUGGAGCCCGAGUGCCCUUUCACAUGAGUCUGUUUAUUGCAUCGUGCAAUAAGAUCGUACAAUGAACAGUUUCAGUGCACGAAUCUAAAUCUUGUUAAUAAAUAGAUUCGGAAGACGAUUGAUUUCUAUCGAAUAUGAUCAUGAUUGUCU